CGCUGCUUCAGAAACUUCCGCUCAAACGUCAAAGCGAAAAGCACGGCAAGAAGUAUAAUUUGUUUGGAAAGGUUGCAGGUUAAACAGAUUUAUUGGUUCGUACAGCUGUAAUUGUAAAGUAUGAUACAGCUGUGUAAGCCCUCAGCAUAAUCAUGGGUAAUCGUAAGAGCAGCCACAAAGCAGGGGGCUACAGUGUCACAUUGCCCAAGUUUAAUCGAGCUUGGGAUUUGGUGUAUUCUGGAGAUAUUCAGUUAUGGUCUCCAGUCGCAGGUCGCUAUGGAUUUGACAAGUUUGGUUAUGGCUGUCGUGAAAGUGACUGUGACAGGGAAUCUGUUUGUCUCCAGUAUAUUCGAGCUGUCUUCAGCAAGAACAAGAAAUUUGUGGAUAUUGAAAGGUUCAAGCAGCCUCGACUACAGAUUCCUGUAGACGACUGCUUUGAGUUCCAGCGACUGAUCUCGGCGGGACAUGAACUGAACCAGGUGGCUGCUGCACAUCAGGACCACUUGGUGCUGUUAGUGCUGCAUCAUGUCAAGGAUCUCGUCGUCAAUUCUGCAUUCCCACUGGUCAAUCUUCAUACCCGAAGUGUCACAGGCAUUCUUGCAGCCCCUCGCAAGAACAUGACGAUUAUACAUUGUGAUUUCACGCCAGACCUGAAACAGUCUGCCAUCUUGUUUUAUUCAUGUUCUGGAGAGAUGAGAUUCUGUUACGAUCUAUACAUAUAUUCAAAUGAAACGACAGAAAUUCUCAAAUAUGUCACCCUUAACCAUGAAGUGCAGCCGUACGUGGCCUUUGACCCCAGAUACAGCUGGUCGCGUAUUGCCGUGGCUAAUUAUGAGUGUAAGAAAGAGGGUAUUAACCAUGAACUUGUAGUAUUUUCCUUAGAUGAAUGUAAGACUCUCCAAAGAAGUAAACUCUCCCUGCCGACUCUGUUUGGCAGCAGUCGAUACAAUCUGCUCUACAGCAAAGACGGCACAUUACUCAUUCUUCAAAAACUCACUGAGGACCGAUUUGGUGUGACGUCAUAUUCUGACAUCUACAUCUUCAAUUCAGAUCACAUGCGUCUGUUCAAAUACAUCACAUCCUCUCUCCCUGGGUUGUUCAACAUUUGUCGUGUGAAUUACGAGCCGGUCUUCUCGAAGUGUGGCAGUUACAUGCGGAUCCUGGACCACAAGCCCAACACAGAGGACCACGGUGUGACAGUACAGAUCUACCAGCUCCCACGGAUCAUCAGCCUACAGAGUCAGUGUCGCAUUGUCAUCCUCAACAGUCUCCUGAGGGCAGAGGAUGUACAGGCUCUUCCUCUACCCAACAGAAUCAUGGGCUUCCUCAUGUUCAAACCCCAGCUUUAGUGUGGGAGGAUGAAGCUGGAUUACCAUGUUGAAAUCCUUGAUUAUCUCCAUUCUAUUCUGCUUAAAAAAACUUAAGGACCGCUCAAUGCUUUCAUAUUACUAUAGUUAAUCUGUCAUGCCAUGACAGAUGAACUUUCAUAAUAUAAAGAAUCUGGUGCCUUGACAGAUUAACUAUAGUAAUAUGAAAGAAUCGGGUUGUCCUUAACUUAUUUUGAGUUGGAUAUUAUGAUAAAUACCUUGAACCUAUUCACCACCAUUGGUUUGUUUCGGAAGUUACUUCACCAUUUCCAUUCCAAUUAAACGAAAUUUCAUUGGCAUAGAAAAAAAUAGAAGAAAAAAAAUAGAAUUGCUCUCUAAUAUUUGGACUGGAAGGUUGGUUUGUUGUUUUACGUCGCACUCAGCAAUAUUCCAGCUAUAUGACGGCGGUCUGUAAAUAAUCGAGUCUGGACCAGACAAUCAAGUGAUUGAUAUCAUGAGCAUC